CAUCCUCUCCUCUCGCUACUGCUGCAGGAGCAGCUCUGACAUAUUCUACCGUGACGAGAGCAUACUGCACCGGCGAGGAGGAGAAGAAGAAGGAGGCAGAGGAAGAGGAGGGAGGGGGGCAGGACAAGAAGAGGAGGACACAACUCACAAAAGUAGAGGAGGAGAAGAAGGAAGAGGAGCAGGGGAGACAUGUCAGACACACCUUUGCAGAGCAAUGGCACGGCCACAGCACCGAUGUCUUGUGAGGAGGCUCAGCUCCACAAAGAGAGGCUGCAGGCCUUGGCGGAGAAGCGAAAACGUCAAACAGAAAUUGAGGAGAAAAGAAGCAAACUUGAUGAGCUGGUGUUACAGCUGCAGCAUCUCAAGUCUAAAGCCAUGCGGGAGCGCUGGCUCCUUCAGGGGAUGGGAGCUGAUGAAGAGGAGGUCCGGCGGAAACAGCUGGAUCUGGAUGAAGAACAUGGGAGGAGGAUGGAAGACAUGAUACAGAGGCUGGAGUCUGAGAUCGGAACACUUGAGAGCGAGGAGUCCCAGAUUUCAGCCAAAGAGCAAGUUCUCCGAGAGCGUCUGAAGGAGACGGAGCGUUCCAUCGAAGACUUGCAAAAGAGUUUAAUGACCCAGGAUGGAGAAGCCCCCGGCUGCAUGUCCGGCCCGCUCUCAGACCCCGAGCACCUCAUCCUGGCCCGGACCAGCCCUCCUGCUCCCGGAGAGUUCGCCACACCAAGACCUGCACUGUUUGCUAUGGAGAUCAACGUGCAGCACGACCCUCAGACCGGGGAGCAGCGUGUCUUGUCCGCCAACCGGGUCAGCCCCGCAGACGCUGCGUCCCGUGGUGUCAAAGUCUAUGACGACGGCAGGAAGGUGGUCUAUGAGGUCACCUCCUCGGGAGGAGUGUCCACCACCACCACCACCAUGGAGAAUGGCUGGAGUUCUGCUCAGGUGGACCAGCUGAUCCAGCGAGCUGCCAGGCCUGGCCCGGGGGAAGAUGGCCGACGAGGUCAGGUGGUGGUGACCCCAGCUUCUCCAAAGGCGUACAUCUCACCAGCAGACACAGAUGAUCUGUCCCCUCCCUCUUGUGCGCCUCCAUCCAUCCCGUCAAGCCCACCGGCACAGGUGACCCUGCAGAGGGAGCCCAGACUUGGAAUGCUGCCGCCUGCCAUCACCACUCAGCCUGGAUCCUCAGUGCAGACGGGCUCAGACCAUGACGCCAUGCCUCAAGCCAGUUCCGAACACCCAGUGACCAUGGUGUUCCUGGGCUACCAGGACGUGGAGGACACGAGCGACAGUAGGCACCUGCUGGGAUUCGAAGGAGCAGUGAAGGCUGAGGUGGUCCUCAUCGACGAAGACGACGAAAAGUCCCUGCGGGAGAAGACGGUCACCGACGUCUCGCUCAUCGACGGCACAGCAGCCGACCUGGUGUCAGGGCGACCGGUGACAUCUGAGGGCGCCAGCACAGAACUGUCCUCUGAUGGCAGAGAGCCCGACAGCGCUUCCUCGCCCCCUCCGAAUCCUGAUGCCAACACAGCACCCCCUCCUGGUCUCACCCCCGACACAGGGCACAGGGUUGUUAUGACGACCGAAAAUGGACAUGAUGGAGCAACUAGACCCUGUUAUCCUGUCAUGAAACCCUGGCGAGCGUCGGAGGAUGUGAGUGACCCAGCACCAAAAGCCCUGAAGAGCGUCAGUUUCCAGGAAUCCGUCAGCUUUAUCUCUGACCAGCCAGUAAUCAUGGAAGUGGAGAGCCAGCAGAUGCAGCACAGCUUCAGUCAGGAGGAGGUGCAGGAGAUCUGCUACCUGGACCAGGUGUUGAAAGCGGCUUCAGAAUCACCCACCAAUGGCAACGCCUCACCGUCCGCACAAUCGAUCAGUGUGGUGGGCACGUCCCCGUCCGUGUGUGUGUCGGCCUCCCCUCCUGUCACUCACCAGUCCAUCACUGUGGAGGGACAGAAACAGUCCACCUUCUUCUACCAGGACGAGUCAGCAGGACAGACCAACGGUCACCUGCAGCCCGAGGAUUCAGGACGUAGCGGGGCGAGGUUUGAGCUGAGAGCAUUUCAGGAGGAAAGACGGCCUGCAAAACUGUUCACCCCAGGAGAGGAGCAGGUUGUCCGGGUCACCAGGAGACGAAACUCUGGGGAGGCACAGGAGCUGGAGCGUGAGCGCCUGGAACUGAUCAGAGAACAAGCAGUGAAGAAGAACCCAGGAAUCGCUCAGCGUUGGUGGAACCCCCCUCAAGAGGUCCCACUGGAGGAGCAGCUCGAUGCGGAGCAGCUGGAGUCUCUCAGGAAAUACCAGGAGAGGAAGCAGCAGAGGCAGAGCCACACUUAUGUAUAUGGACAGCCGCAAGUUUCAGGCCCUCCAACCGUGGUCACCUUUGACCCCAUGCUAACCAGGAAGGAAGACAUUGAGGACCAGCAAAUCGACUUCUCAUCCGCCAGGAAGCAGUUUCUGCAAAGUGAGUCGACCAAGCCUGCCGUGGCCCCACAGCUUUACUCCGCCAAACCCUUCUCCAAGUCCACCUCCAGGGGCACCGCUGAUAUCAUCGCAGACAGCACUGAGAGUCACGUGACUUGGUCAGAUGAAGGAAUAGGAGGAGAUUUUACCUGUGCGAGAGCUGUGAUGACAAUCCUGCCUGAUGAAGAUGAGGGAAAGAGUCACGAGCAGCUGGAGGAGUCGGACUCAGGACUGGAUGACUUAUCUGUCCGCUCACAGGACACGACUGUCUUCAGCUUGGAUAAUGUUUCAGACAGCGGGGCGUCUCUCCCUCCAACCCCACAGCCUACGACUCCGGUGUCACCGCCGACGCCUCAGCCCACAACCCCAAUAAACGGACAGAACGGCACUUCGGCAGAAGAGGAACUGGAUUACCAUGCAGGAGUGCUCGUCCAGAGCGCAAUCCAAAGUGCCCUGGUGUCACAGAACGGAGGCGAGUGGCAGUCGUCUCUGCCUGACCUGGAUUCUUUACGUCUUGGUUCCCCAGCCUCUGCUUCAACCAGCAGCCCAGUGCCAGUAGCUAGCUCUCCUCAGUCCUCUGAUGGAACUCCUCCACUCCAAUCUCCUGUGUCUUCAAGACCAUCCAUCCCAUCACCCCAGCCAGAGAAAGAAGACAUUAAACAAGAGAAGCCCAGAGAAUCACAGCCGAAUCCGUCGCCUCGCUCAUCUCAGCCUGCCGUGCCACCACAGAGACCCAAAGAAGGAGGUCCCAGGAUCAAAAUCCAGUCAUCUUACGCCAGGGCGCUUGCAUCUUCAGCGCCAACUCCAGCCCCAGCACCAGCACCAGCAGUUUCUGUACCCAGACCAACCCCAGUCUGCCGCCCACCUUCUCCCCCAAGCCCAGAAAAAAAUGAGUUCAGCUACUUCAGCAAGUACUCUGAGGCAGCCGAGCUGCGUAGCACGGCCACGGCCACAAAGGGUCCGGAGGUGGAGGCUUCCAGCGGUCCAUUCCGCCUGCGCUCCAAGAAGCAGAGGACCUUGUCCAUGAUCGAGGAAGAGAUCCGGGCGGCUCAGCAGAGAGAAGAAGAGCUGAAGAAACUGAGGGAAACCCUGCCAGCUGUUGCAGCUCGAACUAGCUUCCCCCCCAACAACGGCCAACCUGCCAUCAGGCCGGGGGUGAGGAAGACCACCAUCAACCCUGCCGAUAAGAUGAAGAGCAACAGUCUGCCAACAAGACUCACAAUGACGGCGAGGACAGCGCCAGGAAAAAUCGAGAAAGUUCGUCCCAUCCCACCAGUGUCCCCUUCUCACUCCGAAGGAGCUCUAUCUGACGCAGGUAGUGAGGACUCUGGGGGAUCAAGGCCCAAAAACUUCAUGCAAACCCUGAUGGAGGACUACGAGACACACAAGGUGAAGAGGCGAGAGAAGAUGGAGGACAACAGUUUUGCCCAGUUGUUGCUGGCUAGCGAGGCAACUACCGAGGUGCUGGAGGCGACUCGCGUUACCCGGAGGAAGAGUGACAUGGCAAUGAAGUGGGAGGCUGGUAUCUAUGCCAAUGAAGAUGAACAUCAAGAGGAAGAAGAAGAAGAAGAAGAAGAGUAAUUCUUUCCUCAAGAUAUGAGAAGAAGGAAAUAAAAACAGUAUUUAUUUACUUAUAGUGUUCUCAUGAUCACAUGACCCACUGGCUCGCCGAAGGUGCAGCGAUUUGGAUCUGAAGACAGAAGGAUGACAGUACGUAAGAUGAUGGCGUGAGAGAGACUGAAUUGUAAGUUAGAAUACAAUGGCCAAUUUUGCAAGUGACACUUUUGCUGGCGAGAAAGUCGUGUGAGAAGUAUUUAUGACUGGUUGACGCUGAAUGAUGACAUUCAUAGUGCUACACAUUUUAGAUUCGAAGGCUGUUUUCGGAAAAGCUUCAGCACAAGCGAGAGACAAAUUAUGAGUUCACGAUAUGAUUAGAAUGGAGCCUCAGUCAGGAAGUAGUUUUUAUGGUAUGUCGUGCACUUCAGUUCCACGUGAACAUUUAGCCACAGAUUAGCCUCGACGCUAACUACAGGUGCCACUUUAUGAUAAGAAACCAUAUGCAGGGUUUACGAUGGUGCAUGAUUUUGACUGUGUGUGACUGCUUUUAAGUUAACACACUUAAAAACGUUUUUUAAAAAUGACCAUUCAAAAAAAACAUUUUUUCAUUAGAUGUUUUCCUUUUAAUAGUCCUCAUUCAAUAACACAGAAUGUAUUUCACAGCUAAAUUUUAUUUUAUCCCUCUCAUUUUUUUGCUUAACUUUGCUGAAAAGUGUCAAAUGCUUUACAGAGUCAACAGCAUUUUUUUGUCUGAACUGAUGAGAGAAAGUCCCUGAUAAUACCUGAACACCCAGGUACAGCAAUGGCACUGCGACAAAUCUUUGCACGUGACCUUCAUAUGGAGUUUUUACUGUAAAGUGGUACAGCGUCUUACUUUGCCUUAGACUGAUUAUUGGAUGUUUGUCCACAUGACUACGUGAUACCAUUAGAAUGCGGUAAGUCAUAACAGCUAUUCGUCAGUGUCUUUCUGUGUGUGCGGCUGACCAGUGUGUCCAGUGUGUGUUGAUAAAAGGGCUGGGGCAUCUUUUAAAACCACGUUACAAUGGCUGAUGUGGUCGCUCACCCACGCACACACGUGUAUUAUACGAAGUUAGAACUGUGUAUUUGACCUAUGAGUGCGGAGAUUUGUGCUAAAGCCGAGGAUAAAGUCUGAGGAAAAAGCUUUUUUUAUACUGAUAAGCCAGACCAGGAUGUUGUUAUUCACAGUGUGUAUUUAAGAGUGAUGUGUCUUAUUUGUCUGACUAUGAGGCUAAUGUCAUACAGAAGCUUGUAUUUUUCUUUUACAACCAUUUUGAUAAGUGCGUGUCGUUGGCCUUGGAUGGUGAUGGUGAGCUGCUUAAAUGGAGCAACAAAUGAAACACAAUCACGGUGGAAUUUUCGGGGACAGAGUGAUGUCAAGAACCACUUUCACUCACAUGUACUGGAGCGCCUUCCUUCUACAAAAGAUUCAUUUUCAGAAAAAAAAGAGGUCAAAACGUUUUUAUGUUGAACCAAAGACUUCAGCCUGUUAGUGUCUUGUCCAAAAUUUCACCCCAAAUCCUGCAUUUCUGUCAUUCUCAUUGCCUGAAAUCUCAAAAAUGUCAGUUAACUCACAC